UGAAGGGCUGGUGGAGGAGACUCAUGUUUGGGGCGUGGCUCUGGGCGACGCUGGUGUUGACGAGGAGCUACUCCGGCAACCUCAUGUCUCUCCUGGCGGUGAGGUACAGUCCUCAGCCCUUCCACACCCUCCGUCACGUCAUCAAUGACCCUUCAAUAGUCAUGAUAUGGCAGACCAGUUCCAUAAACGCUGAGUAUCUUCGUAAUAUGAAAUCUGGCAUCAUCCGUGAGGUGGCUGAUUUGGAGGAAAAAGGACGAGUGAUAUUCAAAACACCAAUGGAGUACAUGGAGGCGUCGGACGCCCUUGUGAAGCCUGGCACCCACGUCCUGAUUGAUGUUGGCACCAACCUGCGUCACCUCAUGGCUCAGCACUUCACGCAAACAGUGUUUCUAAGAGUAUUGAUUAUAGCACUGGCGGAGUCCGGGUUGUUCCCGCGAUGGUUCACGACGAACAUCCCCAAUGCCACAAGGUGCCUCAAUCUCCCGAAGAAGUUCACUGUCCGCUCCUCUCUCUCACUGGCAAAUCUGUGGGGAAUGUUCGUGGUUCUUGGGGGCGGAGUUGCUGUCAGUUUACUCAUGUUUUGGCUGGAAGUCUUCAGCGCCGGUGUUCCCCAGCUGGGACCAUCGCUUCAUGCCAUCCAUUGA